UCUGAGCUUUUCUAAAUCUCAUUGCCCUCUAGGAUUAAUAUUGUCUUUAUUUCUUCAACAGACUGACUCCUCUUUAAGUGUUCUUGAACCCAAAACCAUUUAUAUCUUUUUCUCUGGAAUUUUAGGAAUAUUUUUUCUGCUUCUAUUUUCAGAAUACCUCUAUCUCUUCCCAUAGGAUCUUGGAUUCUCCUUUUAUAAGUUAAGUGUAGUGUAUAUGUUUCUUACAAUGAUUUUACACUGUGACUGUAUGUCCUACAGAACAAAUAUUACUGGCUUGCCUACUUUUUAACUUUCUGAAUUUAAUCUGUAUGUUUUGUAGUUUGUUCCACAGUCUGCCCCAGCAUUGUCCCAUCUGUUUGGAUUUCACCUCUUCAUCUGUUUUUUGUUACAGCUUUGAUCUAGAUUCAUCAUCAUCAUGAGAGUUCAUCAUAACUUGAGGGUCCUUCUAACAGUCUUACUCAAAGCUUAGCUAAAUGUUUGAUCUAUGUCCAUAUAGUUUUCUUGACAAGAGUAUGAAAGUAGUUAGCUGUUGCCUUCUUCCAGGUUUGAUUUUGGGGCUCCUUCUGCUAGGAACUUCUUUCAUGGCUAAUCCCUGUUGUGGAUUGCUUUUAGCUUCAUUCCUCCUCUUCCAAUUUUAGCAGCAAGGAUAAUCUUAUUGCAGUCUCCCACUAACAUUGUUCUGAGGAUCAGUGGAACUACUGAGGAUGCAUAGGGGGCAUUCUUGGAAGACACAGCCUGCUCUAUAUUUAUUGCACACUUAGCCUUCCCUCAGAAAAACAGACCUUGCAAACAUGUAUUUGUCUCUGCAACUGGCUUUUCGGCUCCCUUUAUUGAUUUACGUUCAUUCUGUUCUUCCACAGCUAUGUCUGCUGAAUGGUUUUCUUGUCCCUAACUUUCCCUAGCCAUUUGAGAUUACUACCUUGGAUCAAAAGCAAGAUGUUGCCUACCACAUCAAUUAAUCCCCGCGAUCAGGGCAAUGGAUCUUUAAAUACUCGUGCAUCAGCAAGACACACAGCAGGGGCAAAGCGCUACAAAUACUUAAGGAGACUCCUUCACUUUCGUCACAUGGACUUUGAGUUUGCUCUAUGGCAGAUGUUGUAUCUGUUCACUUCACCACAGAAGGUGUAUAGAAACUUUCAGUAUAGGAAACAGACAAAAGACCAGUGGGCCAGAGAUGACCCUGCUUUCCUUGUGUUGCUGAGUGUUUGGCUGUGUGUAUCCACUAUAGGAUUUGGCUUUGUGUUAGGCUUGGGAUUUGUUGAAAUGAUAAAGCUGCUGCUGUGGGUCGUGUUUAUAGACUGUGUAGGAGUUGGCCUUCUAAUUGCAACUUUAAUGUGGUUCAUCUCCAAUAAGUUCUUGCUAAAGCAUCAGAACAGAGACUAUGAUGUAGAGUGGGGAUAUGCCUUUGAUGUUCAUCUGAAUGCUUUCUACCCACUUCUUGUCAUCCUGCAUUUCAUCCAGUUGUUUUUCAUUCAGUAUGUAAUUUUAUCAGCUUCAUCUCUUGGCUAUUUUGUUGGGAAUACUUUCUGGCUGAUCGCAAUUAGUUACUACAUCUACGUGACUUUUCUGGGUUACAGUGCACUGCCAUUCCUGAAGAACACGGUGAUCCUCCUGUACCCGUUUGCGCUUCUCAUCCUGCUGUAUGUGGUUUCAUUGGCAGUUGGAUGGAACUUCACAAAAGCACUUUGCCUUUUCUACACGUACAGAGUGAAAUAAACUGGUCUCCAAUAAGUGACAUCUUGUACAAAUGGCAACCCUGGUGAGAUGAAGAUACUCUUGUACAUUCCUGUAAAUAACUUAUUUCUCACUGUAGAUCAGUGUAUACAAAAUACUUGGUUUUUUAAAAAAUGUAUUGACAGCUUCUGAUAAAUAAUCUGGUAUUCUUCUAUAUCCCUCCCUUGUGGAA